CUCACCCAGGUUACACUAAUGAAUUUUGUUAUGGCGUGCCCGUGGCAGGGGGCUAUCGCUCUCUGCCGAACAUUUGUGUCGCCUUCUCCAUCGUCUCAAGUCCACUAGUGAAGCGAGAAGUUGUAAAAGUUGCCCGAGUAUAAAUUUGUGAUGUUACCGAACGGACUACACAUAUUUUGAGACGCUUUGCCAAUAUUGAAACCAAGACUGUCACUGGAAAGCUUUUGCCAUGUCUCUGCUAUGUGUUCGAGUGAAAAAAGCCAAACUUCAAGGAUCUUCAGAUAAGUAUAACUCCUACGUGACGCUGAAGGUGCAGAAUGUCAAGAGCACCACCAUCACGGUGCGAGGAGACAAACCAUGCUGGGAGCAGGACUUCAUGUUUGAGAUCAACAAUUUGGACCUGGGGCUCAUCGUGGAGGUGUGGAACAAGGGUCUCAUCUGGGACACCAUGCUGGGGACCACCUGGAUGCCCCUCAAGCACAUCCACCAUUCAGAGGAGGAGGGCUCGGGGGAGUGGACCGCGCUGGACUCGGAGGUUCUGAUGAAGGCAGACGAGAUCUACGGCACCAAGAACCAGACGCCACACCGCCUCCUGCUGGACACGCGCUUCGAGCUGCCUUUCGACAUCCCAGAGGAUGAGGCUCAGUAUUGGACCCGCAAACUGGAUCACAUCAACACCAUGGGGAUCCACGACGAGGAUGAGGUCCAUGGUCGCCCUCUUCCGUUCACUCCCUCCCAGUGCUCCCUGACAGACGACCUGGACGACAGGGACAGCGAUUACCGCAGUGAGACCAGUAACAGCCGGCCCCCUCGUUACCACACCACUGCCCAGCCCAACUCCUCCGUGCACCAGUACCCCCUGGGCCCCCAGUACCCUCUGGGCCCCCAGUACCCCCUGGGCCCCGGCCCCCGCAGUCACGCUGACUCCUGUGCUGACUCCAUGCACAGCUUCGACAUGGGGGAGCAUCGAGGGAACAGUCCGGUGGAAAGUAGUCGCUUCGGGUCGUCGGGAAACCUCAGCCAGAUCAGCUCUCAGCUUAGUGAGACGGGUCAGGAGAGCGCAGGAGGCUCGGAGCUGGAAGAGUCUUUCCAUUCCUAUCACAGCUCCUCCGCCAAGGGGCAGCAUCCUACCAAUGGACACCUGCCCAGCAACGGUCAUUCAGCUCUUGGGGAGGAAGAGAUGCGCAAAGCCUCUCUGGAAAUGGGCAAGGGCUUGAACGGCUCCAUGAAGAAAGAAGCCCUAGUUGAGAAAAAGUCCAACAAACUACAGAGGUUUGAAGAGGGUGGACCUCCAUUGCCCUUCUCCCCAUCUCGAGUACGCUGGCUGAAGGCCAUCAAUAAAGUUAGGGUUCAGCUCCGGGAGUCAUGAAAAUAUAGGUGAUGUGAGGAGAUCAAUGGCCUCCCUCUCAGGAUGUUGUCAGUUCCCUAUCUGCUCUGAGGCGUAAGG